GGCUCCGUAACAUUUCUCGCCACCCACCCCUUCGCAGAGUCACAUGGCUCACAUCUGCAUCCCGUGAUCGCUCUAAACAAGCAGCCAGUGAGUCGGCUCAGGCAACGGCGUCGGGGAUGCCAUCAAACUGCCCACAUUACUGACACAUUGGUCGUUUUCUGGGGAGAGUGAGGUAGGAAAGCAUGCUCCGCGUUGACUUUAACGCCCGGAGUCUGUAGGGUCGGUGUGCGUGGCUGUGUUUUUGUUGCGGCCCUGGCAUGGGAAAGUUCCGGCGUUAAAGGUGUGAGCCCUUCAGGCUCGGCGGUGUUUAAAAGAGCCACGCUGCCACUAAAGAUGCCCUGACGGCCGGUUUCGGAUUUGCCUGCAUUCGCAGUUUCUGUAAUGGCAGGCGAGCGCAGCCCUCUCCUCAGCCACGGGGUGUUCAGCGUGGUGGGGGAUGACCGGGGCUCCCCCGGGGCUGCGGAGCGGAGCUCCGGCGACAGCCCCCGCAAACUCAACACCUUCUUUGGGGUGAUGGUUCCCACAAUCCUGUCCAUGUUCAGUAUAAUACUCUUCCUGCGUACAGGCUUUGUUGUAGGUCAUGCAGGACUUCUCCAGGGCCUGCUGAUGCUGGCUGUGGCCUAUUUCAUCAUCUCCUUGACGAUCCUUUCGAUCUGUGCCAUCUCCACCAAUGGGGCAGUGCAGGGGGGUGGGGCCUACUUUAUGAUCAGCCGCUCUCUGGGUCCGGAGUUUGGAGGCAGCAUCGGCCUCAUGUUCUUCCUGGCGAAGGUGUGUGCGUGCGGGGUCUACGUGCUCGGCCUGGUGGAGGCCAUCCUGGACGUUUUCGGACAGGACGCAGCGGUUGGCGUGGCUGAGGGCCUGCACGUGCUACCACAGGGUUACUGGUUCUCUGUGCUCUACUCAUCUGCUGUUCUGCUGCUCUGCCUGCUCGUCUGCCUGGUGGGCGCCCACAUCUACGCCAAGGCUUCCUUCGUCAUCUUCCUCAUCGUCACAGUCGCUGUUCUCUCCAUCCUGAUCAGCCCGUUGGUUGUGGCGCCGCGACAGUUCAGCUUCAUGCAUGCGCUCGGACCCAACCGCACCAUAGUGUUCAACACCAGCUACACGGGCUUCAACGCCAGCACGCUCGCCAGCAAUCUAGCAUCGGGCUACUCUCUGGACUUCAGCACAAACAGAGUUAUGUCAUUUUCCACUGUCUUUGCUGUGAUGUUUACCAGCUGUACUGGGAUCAUGGCAGGAGCAAAUAUGUCGGGUGAGCUGAAGAACCCAAGCGUGGCUAUCCCCAAAGGCACUAUCAUGGCUGUGCUCUACACCUUGGUGGUCUACGUUCUCUUCUUCUUCAUGGUCAGCUCCACGUGUGAAAGGUUGUUGUUGAUUAAUGAAUUUGGAGUGUUCCAGCGUAUAAACGUGUGGCCACCAUUCGUGACCAUUGGCGUGUACUGUGCCUCACUUUCCGCAGCCAUGUGCUCCAUGAUCGGAGCCUCCCGCAUCCUUCAUGCCCUGGCGCUCGACAAGCUCUUUGGUUUACCCUUGGCUCCUGCUGCCAUUACGUCCCAUUCUGGAAACCCCUGGGUGUCAGUGCUGUACACCUGGGCUCUGGUCCAGUGUACAGUGUUUGCAGGCCAGCUUAAUGUGAUAGCAGCAUUGGUGACUGUGUUUUACCUGCUGGCCUAUGCUGCCGUAGACCUGGCCUGCCUGGCUUUGGAGUGGGCUUCCGCCCCUAACUUCAGGCCUACGUUCCAGCUCUUCUCGUGGCACACGUGUCUUCUGGGCAUGCUCAGUUGCUUGGUGAUGAUGUUUGUGAUCGAUGCCGUGUACUCAUCGGCCAGCAUUGCUGUGUUACUGCUGCUGCUGCUCUUCCUGCACUAUCGCUCUCCCACCAGCAGCUGGGGCUAUAUCAGCCAGGCUCUCAUCUUUCACCAGGUGCGGAAGUACCUGCUCAUGCUGGACUCACGGAAAGACCACGUGAAGUUCUGGAGGCCACAGGUGCUGCUGAUGGUGGCCAACCCGCGCUCCUCCUGCCAACUCAUCCGUUUCGUCAACCAGCUGAAGAAGGGCGGCCUCUUCGUCCUGGGCCACGUUCAGCUGGGAGACCUGGACAUGUUGCCUGCAGACCCUGUCCAGCAGCAGUAUAACUUCUGGUUGAGUCUGGUGGAUAAGCUGGGUGUGAAGGCAUUUGUGGACCUCACCCUCUCUCCCUCAGUCAGACAGGGCACCCAGCACCUCCUGCGCAUCACUGGACUGGGCGGAAUGAAGCCAAACACCCUGGUCUUGGGUUUCUAUGACAACUGUUACCCAGAGGACUAUUUCCUACAGGAUCCUGCCUUCCACGAGGGCGCGGCAGGUGGCUCCAGCGCCGCUGGCGACGACUUCGGCGUGGACCUGCCCUCUCUGCAAGCGCACUUCCCCCCCGUGCGGCACACGGAGAGCCCUCGCUGCCUGCAGCCCGCCGAGUACGUGGGAAUCAUCUCCGACGCCAUAAAGAUGGGCAAGAACGUGUGCCUGGGCCGCUACUUCGCCCAGCUGCCGGCCGAGCUCGGCGGUGUGGGCACCAAGGGCGACGGUGCGGGCCUGACGAUCGACGCGUGGCCGUCCGACCUGUUGAGUGCGGGCAGCGGCGGCAGCGACGCCGACGUCUGCAGCCUGUUUCUGCUGCAGAUGGCGUGCGUGCUCAACAUGGCCAGCAGGUGGCGGCGGGCGCGCCUGCGUGUCUUCCUGUGCGUGGAGGCUGAGUCUGGCGAGAGCGGCUGGCUGGCCAGGGAGGAGCGCUUCCGCGAGCUGCUGAGCAAGCUGAGGAUCCGCGCCGCCAUCCGCAUCGUGGCCUGGGACACGGUGGCACGGAGGCUGCGAGAUGUGUCGGCGCCCCCUGCUGCCGCUGACGAGACACUGCGCGCAGUCAACACGCUCCUGAAAGAGCACAGCCUGUCCGCUGCCGUGCGCUUCCUCUACCUGCCCUGCCCCCCCAACAAUACCAGCCAAUCACAGCAGUACCUGGCGCAGCUGGACGUCAUCAGUCAAGGACUUGGACCCACUAUCCUGAUUCAUGGACUGACCCCUGUUACAUGUACUGAGCUUUAGGUGUGUCUGUGUCUGUGUCUACUUUCAUACUUGAAUUAAAAAGAGCUGUUCCUGCUAGAUAAGUCUUAAGUCAUAACCAAAUAUUAGAUAAGUGGUAUAUAAAAGGCAGUACCCUUUUAGUCAUUCCAUGUUUUGUAACUAGUGUUUGGCUGAAGUUACACGUGCCUGGAAGCUGGUUAAUGUUACACAGCUCAUCGGCCACUCAGUUAAUAAUUACCUCACUGCAUAAAAUUGCUCUUCAUUUACUGUUGGUCCUCUUGCAGUGGAUUUAUUUUUAUUUAUGUUUUUAAUUCACUGCAUGCAUUUGUUUUAAAGGGACCACCAUAAACAGCUGAGAAGUGAUGUUCUAGGUGUGGAUUGUUUAUCAGUUAUUGUUGCAAAUGGGUGAACGGGUUAAAGGAAAUCUUGGUCGUGAUGACCGCACUACUAACAUUUAAGGGUUGUGCUGUCUGAUGAAGUUUAUACCUCUGUGUGAUGCUGUCUUGGACCUAAACAUUGUUCUAAACCAGCUGUGUACUACAGGUAGCCCACACGAACACACCAAAGUUUGUCUUUUCCAUUGUGCUCCCUUUUUUGUAUAUCUUUAACAGUGUGGUUUAAUUGUAAUGUUUUGUCUCAUUUCCAUUCCUGUACUGUUCCGUGUCCUGAUACACACCAUGACACUGUACAGGUUACCAUUUCUCACCCCAUGUUGGUGUGCCAGAGCAGUAGUUUUCCUAGACAUGACUAACCUCCUGCUGCUUUUUCAAGGUGACUACUUUAAAGCCUGUUCAGGAAUUCCCUUCCUCAUGGCCCUAAACGUCCCAGAGCAGUGUGUAGGUGUGUCUAUGGGUGUGGGUGUGGGUGUGCCUUUAGCAUGGCUAAGGCUAGAAGUUGACGCCUGAGGGUAGUGAGAAUGACUGACUAACAAUAUUCGGCUUACCAAAGUGAGCUAUGUGAUUACUUUGGCAUUCCUACACAAUAGAUCGAUAACGAAUACAAUAGGACCUAAGUAAGUCGUGUUAAUAGUAUGAUUGGAUAAAGAAACAAUUCAUAUCCCAUCCAUCGUAUUAAGAAAUGCACAUGAAAUAUAAAUUCAAAUGUUUUCAAAUGUACGUAGUUUAAAUGUUAAGAGUUAUGUAUAAUCAUAGUAUAUUAAAAAGUGAAAUUAACUGUAUUGUAGAAAAUAUAUUUGCUCCACCCUGUUACAAAAGUGCAGCUUGAUUUCAAAACAAGGCUGAGUUGCAUUUUCUGAUCGAACACUGUUUUUACAGGUCUGUGUUCUCCAAGUCUCUCUCUCCCCCUUGUUCACGCCAGACCAUUCUGAAGCUUGUAUGAACUGAAGGAGGGAGUAGUGGCCUUUUGGCGUUUCUUGUCUGUAUUUCUCACCAUUUGUUGGCGUGUGAUGGGCAUGAAAAUGAUCUGUUUUGUUGGGUUCACAGACGGGUUGGUUUGCAUCUCCAUAAACGUGCCUGUGCUGCGGUGGGAAUAUGCUUUUUGUUGUUGUUGCUUUUCUGUUUGAUGGAUAGGAACGCAGGGCGUGUUUGUGGAUU